AUGUACCUGCUACUCUGCAUGCUGGCACUCACCGACAUCAGCACAUCUUCCUCUGUUGUGCCGAAAGCCCUGUGUAUUUUGUGGUUCAAUCUGAAAGACAUUACUAUGGGAGGCUGCCUCACCCAGAUGUUCUUCCUGCACAUGGUUAUUGUGAUGCAAUCAGCCGUUCUCAGCACUAUGGCCUUCGAUCGCUACGUUGCCAUAUGCAACCCUCUGAGAUAUGCCACCAUCCUCACCAAUGCACGCAUAGCUAAGCUAGGGCUAGUGGGUUUAGUAAGAGCUGUUCUCUUGGUUUUGCCCAUGCCUCUGCGCCUGAGCAGCCUGCCGUUCUGUGCCAACCACAUUAUCCGCCACACAUACUGCGAGCACAUGUCUGUGGCAAAGAUCUCCUGUGGGGACAUCACAGUCAGUCGGACGUAUGGAUUGGGAAUGAUAUUAUCAGUCUCUGGGUUAGAUCUGACACUCAUUGCUCUGUCCUAUGGACUGAUCAUCAGAGCUAUCCUCAAAGUCUCCUCCAAGACAGCCCACCAGAAAGCCCUCAACACCUGCACAGCCCACAUCUGUGUGAUUCUGGUGUCUUACUCUUCCUGCCUCUUCUCCUCUCUGACACAAAGGUUUGGCCAGAGCAUCCCUUCCCAAGCACACGUCACUGUUGCCAAUAUCUAUCUCCUUGUCCCUUCCAUGUUCAACCCCAUCAUCUAUGGGGUCAAAACCAAAGAACUGCGCACCAAAGUGAGUAAAUACGUCUGCAGAAGGUGCUUACCUGGAGCCAACGACCCUAAACCUGCAUAA